AUUAUAUAGAUAUACACACUCUACCAUCUCUCUCUCUCUCUCUCUCUCUCUCUCUCUCUCUCUCUCUCUCUCUCUCUCUCUCUCUCCGUAUAUACGCACAACAAUAUCUCUAUAUCAUCCAUAUUGUUGUGAGUCUUGAGCUUCAACUAUCUUUUCUUCGCUUCUUUCCUACGAAAUGCAUUGACAAGAUCUCCCUCCCUCCCCUUUAGCUCUCUCUCUCUCUCUGCGUUUAUACUGUCCCAAUUGUCAGCUACCUACUUCAUUCAAUCUGUUCUCCAGAUCUUCCUAGCUUAUCUCAAUCCUCACUUAACUCAUUCAUGUGAAGCUAGCUUCGCUUUGUAACUGUAUUUUGGAGGUAGAUCUUGAGAUCUAAUUAGCAAAGCUGGCGGCUACAGUAGCUUGGAGAGGGGUUGCUGCCAGCAAUGGCACAGCCCUGUCAUCUAAUGAUCUGGAAAGAAAUGGGGAUGCUAAAUCUCAUGACCAAGAGCCUCCAACACCACAUUCACUCUUAAAGAUGAGUUCGAGGGAGCGCAGUAGCAUGGAGGAUCCAGAUGGAACUUUAGCUAGUGUUGCUCAAUGCAUUGAGCAGUUGCGCCAGAGUUCCUCAUCUGCACAAGAAAAAGAGUUCUCCUUAAAGCAACUAUUGGAGCUUAUUGAUACACGUGAAAAUGCUUUCAGUGCUGUUGGAUCACAUUCCCAGGCAGUUCCAGUGUUGGUAUCCCUUCUUAGAUCAGGAUCACUUGGGGUAAAAAUACAGGCUGCUACAGUUUUAGGGUCACUGUGCAAGGAGAAUGAACUAAGGGUGAAGGUAUUGCUGGGGGGUUGCAUUCCACCACUUCUUGGUCUACUCAGGUCUAGCUCAGCGGAAGCUCAGAUCGCUGCAGCGAAGACGAUAUAUGCUGUUUCUCAAGGUGGUGCUAAGGAUCAUGUUGGCUCAAAGAUAUUUUCAACUGAAGGAGUUGUGCCAGUUCUGUGGGGGCAGCUUGAGAAGGGAUUGAAGGCUGGAAACGUGGUUGAUAACUUACUGACUGGAGCUUUGAAAAACCUUUCAAGCAGCACUGAGGGUUUCUGGUUUGCAACAAUACAAGCUGGGGGAUUAGAUACACUUGUAAAGCUGCUUGCAACUGGACAAUCUAACACCCAAGCAAAUGUUUGCUUUCUCCUUGCAUGCAUGAUGAUGGAGGAUGCAUCUGUUUGUCCUAAAAUUCUGGCCGCUGAGACUACCAAGCAACUCCUAAAGCUACUAGGGCCCGGAAAUGAAGCCUCGGUCAGAGCAGAAGCUGCUGGUGCUCUAAAAUCUCUAUCUGCUCAGUGCAAAGAAGCAAGGCGGGAAAUCGCAAGUUCUAAUGGUAUACCCGCUUUGAUAAAUGCUACAAUUGCUCCUUCAAAAGAGUUUAUGCAAGGUGAGUAUGCACAGGCUUUGCAGGAGAAUGCAAUGUGUGCUCUUGCAAAUAUAUCUGGUGGUUUGUCAUUUGUCAUCUCAAGUCUUGGCCAAAGUCUUGAAUCCUGCACGUCGCCUGCACAGGUAGCUGACACGUUAGGGGCAUUAGCUUCUGCACUAAUGAUUUAUGACAGCAAAGCAGAAAGUACAAGAGCUUCAGAUCCUGACGAUGUUGAGAAGACUCUUGUGAAGCAGUUCAAACCUCGCUUGCCAUUUCUUGUGCAGGAGCGUACAAUAGAAGCUCUUGCCAGUUUGUAUGGAAAUUCCACACUUUCUGGUAAACUUGCAAAUUCUGAUGCAAAGCGUUUGCUAGUUGGUUUGAUCACAAUGGCAAGCGAUGAAGUUCAGGAUGAGUUGAUACGAUCACUUCUGGUAUUGUGUAACAAUGAAGGUACACUAUGGCAUGCCCUUCAGGGACGUGAGGGAAUUCAAUUAUUGAUCUCUCUUCUUGGGCUGUCAUCUGAGCAACAACAGGAGUGUGCCGUCGCAUUACUUUCCCUUUUAUCCGAUGAGAAUGAUGAAAGCAAAUGGGCCAUCACAGCUGCUGGAGGUAUACCUCCACUUGUUCAGAUAUUAGAGACAGGAUCUCCAAAAGCCAAGGAAGAUUCUGCAACAAUCCUCGGAAACCUCUGUAAUCACAGUGAAGAUAUUAGAGCAUGUGUUGAAAGUGCUGAUGCUGUUCCUGCUUUGCUGUGGCUAUUAAAGAAUGGAAGCUCCAAUGGCAAAGAAAUUGCUGCAAAGACAUUGAAUCAUCUGAUCCACAAAUCAGAUACAGCAACCAUUAGUCAGCUCACCGCAUUACUUACAAGCGAUCUACCCGAAUCUAAAGUGUAUGUUUUAGAUGCACUAAAAAGUUUGCUAUCUGUGGCCCCUCUUAGUGAUAUGUUGCGUGAUGGAAGUGCUUCAAACGAUGCUAUCGAGACAAUGAUUAAAAUAUUAAGUUCUACCAGAGAUGAGACACAGUCUAAGUCUGCAUCAGCUCUUGCUGGAAUAUUUAAUCUUAGAAAGGACUUGCGUGAAAGUCCCAUAGCUGUUAAGACUGUUAGGUCGGUCAUGAAGCUUUUACAUGUAGAAUCCGAAAGCAUAUUGGCGGAGUCUACUCGUUGCCUUGCUGCAAUAUUUCUGUCAAUUAAGGAGAACCGUGACAUGGCUAUGAUUGGGAGAGAUUCAUUGCCUACACUAGAGGUGCUUGCAACUUCGUCUUCACUGCAAGUUGCAGAGCAGGCCAUUUGUGCUUUGGCUAACCUUCUUUUGGAUAGUGAAGUUUCAGAAAAAGCCAAGCCUGAAGAAAUUAUUUUGCCUUCUACUAGGGUAUUGCGUGAAAGCACAGUUACUGGAAGGAGCCAUGCAGCAGCAGCAAUUGCCCGGCUUCUGAGUUCUCGUAAAAUUGAUGCUGAGAUUGCUGACUGUGUGAACCGUACAGGAACAGUGCUUGCAUUGGUUUCGUUCCUAGAAUCAGAAAAUGCCGGGACUGCUGCCAUAUCAGAGGGGUUAGAGGCACUUGCCAUUAUAUCGAGAUCUGGAGGAGAUAAAGGACAGAACAAACCUGCAUGGGCAGUUCUGGCUGAAUUCCCAGAUAGCAUAAUCCCGAUCGUUUCAUGCAUUUCUGAUGCAAACCCCUUGUUGCUUGAUAAGGCUAUAGAAAUAUUGUCACGGAUUUCUUUGGCUCAACCUGUUGUUUUGGGGAACAAUAUUGUGAGUGCUUCAGGGUGUAUCUCGUCAAUUGCUAGACGGGUAGUUAGCUCUUCAAAGGAAGCAGUAAAGAUUGGAGGCACCACCCUUCUUGUUUGUGCUGCCAAAGUAAAUCUUCAGAGAGUUGUAGAUGAUUUGAAUGAAUCAUAUUCUUGCGCAUAUCUCAUUCAGUCCCUUGUAGGAAUGCUGACCUACACAAAAAAUCCUCUGGUUGGUGACCAGGGAAGUAAUGAAGGCGUAAAUAUUCUUGGGCAUGCUGAAGAACUAAAAGCUGGUGAGAAUGAGACGAGUAGAUAUGUCAUCUAUGGUUCAAAUACCGCAAUAUGGCUUCUCUCUGCUCUUGCUAGUAAUAACGAAAAGAGCAAAACUCAGAUCAUGGAAGCAGGUGCCAUUGAAGUUCUAACUGAGAGAAUCAAUCAGUGUUUAUCAGAAUAUUCUCAGGUCGAUUCUAAAGAGGAAAGCAGCAUUUGGAUAUGUGCUUUACUUCUAGCAAUUCUAUUUCAAGAUAGAGAUAUUAUACGUGCGCAUGCAACAAUGAAAUCUGUACCUGUACUGGCUAAUUUGUUGAAGUCAGAGGAGGCAGCAAACAGAUAUUUUGGUGCACAAGCCAUUGCCAGUCUAGUAUGCAAUGGUAGCAGGGGGACUCUUCUAUCAGUCGCUAAUUCAGGGGCUGCAGGUGGACUCAUUUCACUGCUUGGGUGUGCUGAUGCUGAUAUAUGUGAUAUGCUUGACUUGGCAGACGAAUUUUCCUUGGUGCGGUAUCCUGAACAAGUUGCUCUUGAGAGGUUGUUUAGGGUUGAGGAUAUCAGAGUUGGUGCUACUUCAAGAAAAGCAAUACCUGCACUAGUUGAUCUACUUAAACCGAUUCCAGAUCGUCCAGGGGCACCAUUUUUAACCUUAGGGCUUCUGCUUCAGCUUGGUAAAGAUUGCCCUUCGAAUAAAAUUCUUAUGGUAGAAGCUGGUGCUCUGGAAGCAUUGACCAAAUACCUUUCACUUGGCUUACAAGAUGCAACUGAAGAAGCAGCUACGGAUCUCUUAGGUAUGUUAUUUAGUACUGCUGAGAUACGUAGACAUGAAGCAGCAUUUGGUGCCGUAAGCCAACUUGUAGCAGUAUUGCGAUUGGGUGGAAGAGGUGCAAGGUAUAGUGCUGCUUUAGCAUUGGAAAGCCUUUUUUCUGCAGACCAUAUUAGGAAUGCAGAAUCUUCCAGGCAGGCUGUACAGCCUUUAGUGGAAAUCCUUAAUACAGGUUUGGAGAAAGAGCAGCAUGCUGCUAUUGCUGCAUUAGCUAGGUUACUGAGUGAAAAUCCAUCAAGAGCCUUGGCAGUUGCUGAUGUUGAAAUGAAUGCGGUAGAUGUUCUUUGCAGGAUUCUUUCAUCAAACUGUUCACUAGAGCUGAAGGGGGAUUCGGCUGAGUUGUGCUGUGUACUUUUUGGAAAUACAAAGAUCAGAUCCACCCUGGCUGCAGCGCGCUGUGUGGAACCUCUGGUUUCUUUGCUCGUGGCUGAGUAUAGUCCUACUCAGCACUCUGUUGUCCGUGCAUUAGAUAAACUCGUUGAUGACGAUCAAUUAGCUGAGCUCAUUGCUGCACAUGGAGCAGUUAUACCUCUUGUAGGCCUUCUGUAUGGCCACAACUAUGUGCUCCAUGAGGCUAUUUCCAGAGCUCUUGUGAAGUUGGGAAAAGACAGGCCUUCUUGUAAGAUGGAGAUGGUGAAGGCUGGGGUGAUUGAGAGUGUACUUGAUAUUCUCCAUGAUGCACCAGAUUUUCUGUGUGCUGCUUUUGCAGAAUUGCUACGAAUAUUAACCAAUAAUGCUACCAUUGCCAAGGGUCCAUCUGCAGCGAAAGUGGUUGAGCCUUUCUUUGUGUUGUUAACAAGAGCAGAGUUCGGACCUGAUGGACAGCAUAGUGCUUUACAAGUUCUUGUGAAUAUCUUAGAACAUCCUCAGUGCCGUGCUGAUUAUACCUUAACAUCACAUCAAGUGAUCGAACCCAUCAUUCCAUUACUUGAUUCUCCUGCACCGCCAGUGCAGCAGCUAGCAGCUGAACUUCUUUCUCAUUUACUCCUAGAGGAACAUCUUCAGAAGGAUUCAGUUACACAGCAAGUAAUUGGCCCACUUAUGCGAGUUCUUGGUUCUGGUAUACACAUUCUGCAGCAGAGAGCUGUUAAAGCUCUUGUUAAUAUUGCACUGAUUUGGCCCAAUGAAAUUGCCAAGGAGGGUGGCGUCAGUGAGCUAUCCAAAGUGAUAUUGCUAGCUGAUCCCUCUUUGCCUCAUGUCUUGUGGGAAUCAGCUGCUUCUGUUUUGUCCAGUAUUCUUCAGUUCAGUUCUGAGUACUAUUUGGAAGUGCCUAUUGCGGUUUUGGUGAGAUUGCUUCGAUCUGGUUCAGAAUCUACAGUAGUUGGUGCAUUAAAUGCUCUUCUAGUUCUGGAAAGUGAUGAUGCUACAAGUGCUGUAGCAAUGGCUGAAAGUGGAGCCAUUGAAGCUCUUUUAGAACUUCUUAGAUGUCAUCAGUGUGAGGAAACUGCUGCAAGACUUCUGGAGGUAUUGCUGAACAAUAUUAAGAUCAGAGAAACAAAAGCCACAAAGUCUGCAAUAGUACCACUAUCACAGUAUCUCUUGGAUCCACAAAGCCAAGCUCAACAAGCAAGAUUACUAGCAACUCUUGCUCUAGGGGAUUUAUUUCAGAAUGAGGUUCUUGCUCGAUCUGCUGAUGCUGUUUUAGCUUGCCGUGCUUUAGUAAAUCUGCUUGAGGAUCAACCUUCAGAAGAAAUGAAAGUGGUUGCAAUAUGUGCAUUGCAAAACCUUGUAAUGUACAGUAGAUCAAAUAAGAGAGCAGUUGCUGAAGCUGGAGGUGUUCAGGUCGUGCUGGAUCUGAUUGGUUCAAGUGAACCAGAUACAUCAGUUCAGGCUGCAAUGUUUGUUAAGCUUCUCUUCUCUAACAACACAAUUCAAGAGUAUGCUUCCAGCGAAACCGUUAGAGCUAUAACAGCUGCAAUUGAAAAAGAUUUAUGGGCUAAUGGUGUAGUGAAUGAAGAGUAUCUUAAAGCUCUUAAUGCACUCCUUGGCAACUUCCCACGUUUAAGAGCCACAGAACCUGCAACCCUGAGCAUUCCCCAUCUAGUGACAGCCCUCAAGACUGGCUCAGAGACAACUCAAGAAGCAGCAUUGGAUUCACUGUCUCUUCUCAAGCAAGCUUGGGCAGCAUGCCCUGCCGAGGUCUCCAGAGCGCAAUCAACAGCUGCUUCUGAGGGGAUUCCCCUGUUACAGUACUUAAUUAUGUCUGCCCCACCUCGAGUUCAAGAUAAGGCAGACCAUCUUUUGCAGUGUCUGCCGGGAACAUUGACAGUGACUAUAAAACGUGGAAAGAAUAUCAAACAGUCAGUUGGAAAUCCAAGUGUGUUUUGCAAGCUAACACUUGGCAACACCCCCUCCAGGGAAACCAAGAUUGUGUCGACCGGACCAAAUCCCGAGUGGGAUGAGCCCUUCCAGUGGCAAUUUGAAAGUCCUCCAAAAGGCCAAAAGCUUCACAUUUCUUGCAAGAACAAGAGCAAGAUGGGAAAGAAAUCGUUUGGAAAAGUCACUGUCCAGAUUGAUCGAGUCGUUACCCAAGGAGCAGCUGCAGGAGAGUACUUCCUGCUACCUGAAAGCAAGAGUGGUAGUAAAAGGAGCCUGGAAAUAGAAUUUCAAUGGACUAAUAGCAAUAACAUGCCUCAGUCUGAAGCUUAAAGAGAUUUGCCUGGUGUUAAUUUUUUCUUUUUAUCGAAUAUAAUUAUUGUGCUGGUGUACAUAAUAUCUGGAAGGUUUAUUUUUGUAGUUAGUUGCUGCAAUCCGGAAAGUCGGAAACUGCAAUUCAUUGUAUUCUUUUGCAAAGUGUGGUAGUUUUAGUCAUCUUCUGUUCUUUUUGUUAUAGUUGUAUUGGAGUUGUAUUCUGUGUUUGAUAUUCAGACUCGAGAGGUUAAUAAAAUCUUGUGUAUUGAAUUCA